UUUGAGUUCGAUCGAAAACUAAAUUAAAAAUAUUACACAACCUUUGUGAUAGACACAAUUUAACUAAGAUAAAUCAAAUUUAAAUGGCACUAAAAAUAAUCCAUGUGUUGACAAAAAUAAAAAGUAAAAUAAACAAUGUGCAACAUCGAGCAUCUGCAAUAGCACUGACCUCCAAUUAUAGUUUAAUGCCGCCGCCGCAGUUGUGCAAAUAGGAAGUGAAAAGAGAAUGAUGAGGGUUUGGUGACGUUCUCCGAUUUGUUUACAUUUCAAAAAUUGCAUAUCGUUCGGACCACUUGGCAAUUCAGAGAAUCGAACUUUAAUCGUAUAAUUUGUUUAUAAAGGCAAUAUGUUGCCUGGCCGUCAAAUUCCCCCACCCAUUUCGCAGGAAAACCCCUUGUGGGUGUCUUGGCAUGAUACCCAGAUUAUGGCUUCUUUGGACCCCCAAAACGUCAUGGAUUAUUUCUGCCGCAAAUCCAAUCCAUUUUAUGAUCGAAUGUGUAAUAAUGAAACAAUUCGUAUGCAACGGCUGGGUUUGGAAAAUUUAACCAAUAUGGUAGGCGUGGAAUAUAUUUUACUGCAUGUACAUGAGCCCAUACUAUAUGUUAUCCGCAAACAACACAGACAUAAUCCACACGAAGCAACACCCAUGGCAGAUUACUAUAUUAUUGGAGGCACUGUAUAUAAGGCACCUGAUUUGGGAAAUGUUAUUAGCUCCCGUAUUUUGUCUACUGUGACAAAUUUACAAUCAGCAUUUGAGGAAGCCAGUAGUUAUUCGCGUUACCAUCCAAACAAGGGCUAUACCUGGGACUUUAGUUCCAACAAACAACUCAGCGACAAAUCAAAAACCAAAAAAGAAGCAACAACGGCAAAAGAUGACAGUGGGACAGUUUUCCAAAUGCAACGUGUGGAUAUGUUAUUAGCUGAACUGUUGCGUAAAUUUCCUCCACCCAUACCGCCAAUAAUACAUCAGCAACAGCAAAAUCUGCAAGAUCCAAAUCUGAACGCUGGAGAAGGAAGUGCAGGAAAUAAUGGCAAUCCAACUGAUGCCAGUCCAGCAGGUGCAAAUCAACAGGGACAGGAGACUGUGGAUAUGAAACCUCCACCAGAGAAAAAGGCUAAAACAUAGAAUUAUUGACAAUAGUGUAGAAACCCAGCUAUAAUCAGGAGUAAGGGUAAACCAUUUACCACAUUUAAUAUUAGCAUUUUUUUUUUAUUUAUAUAUUUAAGCAUAUAAAAAAUCUCGUAAUAAAACAAAAAUUGAAAAGAAAAAGCGUAUUGUAA